AUGGCGUCGGGACUAAGCAAUGGGAUGGGCGUACACUCGGUUCGAGGCCAGUCUCAACGUCCCCAUGACACCGAUUCGUCAAAUAUUGGCCCGGCAUUUGGGAUGACCAAGCCAAACUGGAAGGGCGAUCUUUGGAGCAACCCCCGUCUUACAGACGCUUUCCCAGACAACACCUCAAAAGGCUCGAGCCACGACGUGAUCGAAGGCAAAUCAGGCUCCGGUUGCCUGUUAGCUACCUCCGAAUCGGAUGGCUGGGAUUCGCGGGCGAGCUUGCCUUGGAAUGUGAACGGCUCCCAUGGGCAUUCUCUCACUCCACCGGGUGCCAAAGCCCAAUCCAGAGACUCUUCCCCUUCCUACUUUGCUAGUUCUCAGCCCGCUGCCAUUGGAACAGCGGCCAAGACCUCCACACAACGACCUCUUUAUAUUCACUCUGAUCCUCAAUCCGUGGCCGCGAGCACGAUUGGCACGCCUACCCCAAACGGAUUCAUUAAUAAUAAUACCCCGCCACGAGAUACUAAUAUGACGUUUAAUCAUCCUAAAUGCUGGUGCCAAAUUUUCGAGCAGGUCAACAUUUCCUGUGCCGGGCGGGCGAUAGCAACGGGCACAAUAAUGUCAACAGCUCGCUGGGGGCUUUGCAACCUCACUUCAAACGUUGGCCAACCCGGGAAGUCCAUGGGUGGUCUCUACUCGCAUCUCUCGAGUAACUCCUUGAGUACAUUUUCACAACGGCCAACACAUUCACCACAUUCUUCGUUCCAUUCCAAUUCGGAUGGCAACGAGACUGUGGGCUCACGCUCGCACCACGACCUUGCACAGAGAUUUUCUAAGCUCGAUUUGGAAGCCAACGGCUACGUUAUUCAAUCCCAAUCAGCCUCGCAGCGCCCAGCGUAUGUUGCGCGCUCCUCGUUCGAUGGAACCUUCACAUCACUCCAACCACCAUUUAUUGCAGAUGAACUCUCGGUUCCCGCUAUCAAAGACUUUACCCUGGAGCCUUUCUCAGAAAUCCCAAUGUAUCAACGCUCCAUUACCUCCCGCCAUGGCGAAAGAAUCAUGGGAUCCCCUUCCCAGAAUGACUACUCUAGAGGUAAGAACCCUGGAUUUUAUUCCACUCACGGAACACCUCCAGCCCCUUCUCGACUCGUGAUGUCACCGACUCGUCUUCCCGGCCACUAUUCUGAUAGCCAGGCAGCAGAACUUCUAGAUCGGAAGCUGCGGAGCCUACAAAGUGAACAGCAAGAGUACCUUCAUUCCAGUCCAAUGCCCAACAGGCGGGGUUUGCAACAGCCUCAGGCGUUCGGAUACACAAAUUAUCACACCGGUCAAAUGAGUCAAUUCGCUAAUCUAUACGGGAUGACGCCGUUGUCUGGAAUAUCAACUGCAGUUACCACACGCAGCCAGUAUCGCGAGCCAGAUGCUUCCCAGUCGAUGCGCAGUCCUCUGCUGGACGAUUUCAGGGCUAAUAGUAAGGGAAACAAGCGAUACGAGCUCAAGGAUAUCUACAAUCAUAUUGUCGAGUUCAGUGGCGAUCAACACGGUUCUAGGUUCAUCCAACAAAAGCUAGAGACCGCAAAUAGCGAUGAAAAGGAGCGCGUUUUUCAAGAGAUAAAACCAAAUGCUAUACAACUCAUGAUGGAUGUGUUUGGGAAUUAUGUCAUUCAAAAGCUUUUUGAACACGGCAACCAGGCGCAAAAGAAGGCACUUGCCCAGCAGAUGAUGGGCCAUAUUCUUAACCUCUCAACCCAGAUGUACGGUUGUAGGGUUGUGCAGAAGGCACUGGAACACGUUCUCCUAGACCAACAAGCCGCAAUAGUCAAAGAAUUGGAGCAUCAUGUUAUCAAAUGCGUCAAGGAUCAAAACGGUAACCAUGUGAUCCAAAAGGCCAUCGAACGGGUGCCUCAAGCUCAUAUACAAUUCAUCAUCAACGACUUCAAAGGCCAAAUCCAACGCUGGGCGGUCCAUUCCUACGGUUGCCGCGUUAUUCAGCGUAUGCUUGAGCAUUGUGAUGAAGAGGAUCGCGAGGCCAUUUUGGCUGAGCUCCAUGUAUGCAGCGGUAACCUUAUCUCGGAUCAAUUUGGGAACUAUGUGAUUCAGCAUGUCAUCGAGAACGGAAAGGAGAAAGACAGAGCGCAGAUGAUUGCUGUUGUGAUUUCGGACCUCGUUACCUACUCGAAGCACAAAUUUGCCAGCAAUGUCGUGGAAAAGACGAUUGAAUUUGGUCGAAAUAGUGAUCGUCUCGACAUCCUUCGGAUCUUUACCACCCUUGAUGAGCGAGGAGACCCUCUUCUCGAUCUCAUGAGAGAUCAAUUUGGAAAUUAUGUUGUCCAGAAAGUACUCCAGGUCUUAAAAGGCGAUGAAUACCAAACACUUGUCGAUCAUAUUCUCCCGUUAUUAUGCCAACUCAAAAAGUUCAGCUUCGGCAAGCAGAUCGCUGCUAUUGAAAAGCAUUUGGGCAAACAAACCCCAUCCGUUUCUUCGACAGCACCAAACAGUAACACUAUGUGCCCUGCAAAUGACGUCGACUCUUCUUGCGAGGAUAUCGGCAGCUUCACUGGUGGUAUCCCGAGCUCUCGUGGAAGUACUGCUCCAAGCAGUAGUACCAGCAUUGACUUGGUGGAUACGGCCGACAAUAAAUAA